GAGUCAGCUGACCGUAAAAUAGAGUCAGGUCGUGAAAUGGAUUUAAAAGUCAGAGUAAGUCUUCACGAAAAGACAGAAACAACAGACACGUCCCCCCCAACACACAGCGCCGAAGGAUCUGAACAUCUGGACUGAUCUCUACCAGCUGCAGUUUGGGAAUAUUUCCAGACUAUGGCUUCAGAACAACCACUGUCUGCUCUGGACAAGCACAAGUAAACGUCUCUGUUUAACACUUCCUGUCUGGUCUCCUGUUCUUCUCACUACCUCAAAAGUCCCUGUUCUCUCUCAUCUUUACUUUCCGAGUCUCCUGUAUCCUUCUAUCUGUAAAAAUGGACGUCCCAGAGCCGGUGCAGCCCAGUCUCAACUCCUCCUAUGUUCCGACUGCUCUCGGAAACCACAACAUAUCUGAGGACGAGGACCACGAGGACCAGAGUCCCUCUGCGUCCCUCCUGCCCAAACCUUUGUCAGUGCCUCUGGCCGUGCGCUACAGUCCCGAGGACUCCUAUUGUCUCGUGUACAUGAUCUUCUUUCUGAUGGGCAUCGGCUCCCUGCUGCCCUGGAACUUCUUCAUAACAGCCAAACACUACUGGAUCUACAAACUGAGUAACAACACUAAUCCCAGCAACAGUGAGGAUCAACAUUCACAUCUCAGUGACUACUUCGAAAGUUAUCUGGUUAUUGCCUCCACGAUUCCUUCUGUGCUGUCCCUGGUUCUCAACUAUAUCCUAGUUAACAGGUUGUCUUCGAAUGUCCGGAUCCUUGCGUCUCUCUUUGUGAUCCUGGUGGUGUUUGUGGUGACCACGGUGCUGGUGAAGGUGGACGUGUCAGACAGCAGGAUGGAGUUCUUUGUCGGGACUCUCGUCAGUGUGGCUGUUGUCAGUGGGGCCUCCAACCUCUUCUCUGGCAGCGUGUUUGGCAUCAGUGGACAUUUCCCCAUGAGGAUCUCUCAGGCUCUUAUAUCAGGCCAGGCUAUGGGCGGCACGCUGAGUGCAGUAGCAGCAGUAAUGGACCUGGCGCUCACGAAGGACGUGACAGACAGCGCUCUGGCCUAUUUCCUGACAGCCGACUUCUUCAUUCUGCUCUGUAUCAUCACAUAUCUGCUGCUGCCAAAACUGGCAUAUUCAAGACACUACAUGCUGGCAGCAACAUGCACCAGUGCAGGAGUGAUGACAGAAGAUGGAAGUGACGGCACAGGGAGCAGAGUCUCUACCCCCCCACUGCGUCCCAUCCUGAGGAAGACGUGGGUGCUGGGCUUCAGUGUCUUCUGCGUCUUCUGCGUCUCUAUAACGGUGUUCCCUGCAGUAUCCUCAGGGAUCCAGUCUGUCAACAAGGACAGCGGCAGCCCCUGGACAACCACUUACUUUGUGCCCCUCACCAGCUUCCUCCUGUACAAUCUAGCAGACUUCUGCGGCAGGCAGGCCACGGCCUGGCUGCAGGUCCCAGGCCCCACCAGCCGAGUCCUGCCGGUGCUGGUGAUGUGUCGCACCAUCAUGGUCCCACUUCUCAUUUUCUGUAACUACCAGCCAAGGGACCACAUUCACACAGUGCUAUUCAGACAUGAUGCUUUUCCUGUGCUGUUUAAUUGCAUGUUAGGCCUCUCCAAUGGCUACUUAGGCACUCUACCAAUGAUCUAUGGACCAAAGGUGGUCCCUCGGGAGCUGGCAGAGGCCACAGGAGUGGUCAUGUCCUUCUUCCUAACUCUGGGACUGGCGGUUGGAUCUGCAUUCUCCGUGCUCAUCGUGCACUCCAUCUGAUCAGGCUGUGAGGCAAUAGCCCCGUCAUGUACAGUGGUAUAAUGGAGCAGGACGGAUGAGGUAGAUGGCCCAGUGCUGAUGAAACACCAGGGCUUCAAAGCAAAGCACACCAGUACAGCUAGGUGUGUUAUGAGGAAAAACUGACAUGCUUCUCAUUGUCCCUCUGGUCUAAAAAGCCUUAACUCCUUCAUACCUCACAUUAAAAGUACUGAGUUUACACUGAUGUGGCUCAUUAUGAACAAGAGGGGGAAAUGGCUCCUGAAGCGAGAGUUGCAAUCUAUGCAGUCCAUAAGGGACAAUUUAUUAAACAAACAUUUUAUAUGAAAUUUCAUAUUGGAAAAUGCAUGUUGUACAGAUAUUUCCGGGCGAUAUAGAUGUUGUGAAGGGGGUGUUCAACUUAAAUGAACAAACUUGCCAGUGGUAAGAAACACCACAUCUUUCUGAGGGACAGAGGUGGGAAAAUGUGUCUUAAGUGUGCUCAAUGAACCGGAUGUUGAUUUGUCUGUAACUGAACCACACGUGAUAAACUGAACAUUUCCAAUAACUUGUGGAUUGACUUUAUAAACGGAACAGUUCAAACAUGAA